AUGGAAUACCCAGUGAUGAGUUUUAAUGAGGCGGACUUAGUGUACUCUGUUAUAAGGCAGAGGGAUGAAGUUGAUGUGACUAGUAUGGGACCACUGUGUAGUAAAUUAGUGGAGGCUAUUAAAUUGUUAAAUGAAAAUCAAGAGCUUAAAACCAGCUUUUUACAUGUUGGAACCGAUAAAGUGCAAUUGUCUAUUGAAAAGAAACCACUCGGCGACAAUAACAUUGGGAGAAAAGAUCUUAGCAAUAUUAAAUCUUCGGAAACGGAUUCUGAAACAAUGACCAAAUUCGAAAAAACAUUCUUGAGACGGAAGGAGAUGAUAGAAAAUCUAAACAAAGCAUUCAUCAACACAACUUUAAAAAUGAUUUUGGACUUUGUGUCUACGGAGGCAGAGGCGAGUUUGAUAUUUAAGAAUGCCAAUGAACAUCAGUAUACGUUCAUACAAAGCGCAUGCGCGAUGGCUAAAACGCCGAGGUUCUAUGUAUUGUUUUCCAGUGACACCGCAAACCUUUUGAGGAGUAUAUGUAAGGUUCUUACAGCGAAUCCGUGCUAUGAACUUAAAGUUGACGUUGCCAAAGUGCAGAAGGAUAAUAAGCUUAGGACAGUUACUUUAACAAAAUUUCCUAAGUAUUUAGAUGAGAAUAAAAGUUUGCCAAAAAACGAAAACCAAGUCGGUUCUGCGAGUUCUUCGUUCUCUGAAAACAUAUCUACGAGCUUAGAUCAGAAAAAUCAUCAAGUGAAGGGCGUGACAUUUGAAAGUGGUGGUAAAUUAGAAACUCUUGUUGGUGGAAUCAUAGAUAAAGUAAAUGAAACCUCAAAUGCAGACAAACAUGAUGAAAAAUUACCAACUUUAAAAAAAGAUAAAAUCCUUGCACUUAACGAGGGGGAAAAAUCUUUAAACGAAAUGGAUAAGGAGAAUGAGACCCCAAUAAAACAAGAGCAAAGUAAAAUUACUCCUAUUCUACCCAAUACAAUUGAAAAAGAACAAACUAAAAAUGAAUAUGUCUCUAAAUCUCAAAAUACAGAAAAGUUAAAUAAAGCACCUCUAGCUAAAGUAAACGAAAACAAAUUAACAGAUAACAUUCCAAAAGCAGAGAUUGCAGAAGAAUCAAAGGUAUCUGACGAAAAAAGGCAAAGUAGACUUUCUAGGAUAGAUUUAAAGGAUCAAAAUAAUUCGUCAGUUGAUAAAAGAUCAUUUAGCGUCCCACCACAUAUUAAAGAUGGAGUAUAUGAUAAAACUAAAGGGGGUAUAAAUGUAGCAACUGACGGUAGACGCUUGAGUAGCAGAAAAACAAGGUUGUUAGAAGCAAUGGCGAUUCCGAUGGAAAGUGAUAUUGCAAUGAGAGAUAAAAUGAAUGAAAACGAAGAGGGAAUGAAAGAGUUAGUCGAUGAGAUUAUGAAUAAACUAUUUCGUGAACCCACUUUGCACUUGGUCUGCGGUUUCUUAUCCAACAAAAGACAACUAACCAUCCUCAAAGAAAUAAGAAAGCUCGAGGGAAAGGAAAUCAAAACACUACAAAACGAGAGAGACACCGCCGUUUGGGAAAAAUGUGUCCAACUACCCGCUAUUAUAACUACGCAAUGCGCAAAAAGUAUUGGCAAACAUUACGAUAAAAAGAAGGCAAAAGCGGGAAAACUGGGCCUUUCUCUAAUUUUACAAUAUAAAAUUUUGGAAUUUUUGAAAAACGAACUUACAGAGAACGUAAUUGAAUUCGAUUUCGAUUUGCCUAAAAAAAGCGUUAAUUCCAUAAAGUUUGUCAUACAAAGAGUGAAUGCACGGGGUAACCCGAUUUGUCAGAAUACUUUUGAAUAUGAUAUAGGUAUGGAAACGUUGAAAUAUGCUAAAGACAAAUUGUUGUCUAUAUUUUGGGAUGAGAAACGGUCAUUGAUAUUACGUAAAACUUUCUUGAAGAAACCACCAGCACUCGACUCUAAAAAACUGAGCGAUCUUGCAAAUAACAACAGUAGUCUUAUUGACAAUAACAAAAUAGCAGCAAGCGAUGUUGAAGAAGAUUUUAGCACUGAAGCUGAUGACGUUCAAAACGUUAUCGGUAAAGAUAGUAAUGUCACUGACGAUAUGAAAAAUUGUGUAGAGGACUGGAAUGAGAUAGCGUCUGAUGACUCUUUCGUAAUUAAAGAAGAGGUUAACGCUGGAAAUUCUAAUGGAAUGUCUGAAGAAGAUAUCUAUGUUGAUGGCAAUAUAAGAGAACAGGACCCUAUUAGAGAUACCGUUGCAAAUGGUCAAAUCGGAUAUGGCGAUAAUGUUACAUCGCAUGCCAAAAGAUUACGUUCCGAUUCAGAUAUCUCGAACAAAAUAAUGAAGAAAUCAAAACUAAUAAGGAAUAUAAUUUAUUUAUUCAUAACACCGAACGACAGUGAUAAAAUCACCAAUGACGAAGUGAGAAAAUUUCAAUCGGCGAUUUCUGAACAACUGGACAAUACAAAACUACCUUUGCUAGAGUGUCAUGGCGUCGAAAAUGGCGUGUUAAUCUAUGGCUGUCACAACGAAGCUGGCACGUCGCUCGUCAAGAGUGUUGCCAACGAAAUGAAUUGCACUGCCGAGUCGUGUGAAAGGUUUCGGGAGAAGAGCAAUCGUAAAAUGAAAGUAAAAUUAAACAGUUACGUGGGUAUAAAUUUAAAGAAGCUCUUUAAUUUGAUCGAGGUUUACAACGCCGGGUUGUCAACUGAAUGUUGGUCCGUUCAUGACGUAGAAGUGCGCAGAGGAAAGAUCAUUCUCGUAUUAGAGGUAGAUUAUGUAUCUUUCGAAUAUAUAUUGGAAAACAAUUUUAGACUGUUUGCUGGUGUUGAUAGAUUGAGAUUCUGCCUGGCGUGGGAAUAA